UGUAAUCGCUAAUCGACUGAGUCUAUGUGUGUUUAUAUCAAGUAUAAAUUGUAAAUAUCCUAACGUGUUUAUAUUUACAUUGAAUGAUUUAUAUCAUCGUAAAAGUUAUUGUUUGUAUAAAAAGAAACUAUUGUUUAAAAAAAAAUAUUACUUAUUUAUGUCAUUAAGAUUAAGAAUCAUCAAAGAUAAUCAAGUACUUAACAACUUAUACAAGGCAUGUAAAAUAUGUUAAUAUAUCUUAAUAAUAUAUUUGAAAUCAGAUAAAAAUAUAAUUUUUGUUAAAGCAAUGCUUAUUACAGCAUAAAAUAAUAAUAUCUUAACAAAAAAAUGGAAGAAGAUAUGGAAUACAGUGAAGAAGAAGAAUCAGAGGAGAGAAAUCUUAUUCCUGAAAGACUCCCUUCGCCUGUUGAAAAUGUAUCUGAAGAAAAUGUGUCUGAAGAAAAUGUAUUACCAUCUAAUAAUGAACAAAAUGAUUCAAGUACUGACACUGUUACUGAUAGUUUAAUUAAUGAGCCAGUUACAAAAUGUCAAAAAGUCUCAGUGACAGAAGAAUCUUCGGCGGAUAAUAAUAAUGAGAAUACGGAUGAUUCUGAUCAAUCUUGUCCAAUUUGUAUGGAAUUAUGGACAACAACUGGAGAACAUCGCUUGUGUUGCUUACGUUGUGGACAUUUGUUUGGCCGUAGUUGCCUUUUAAGGUGGUUACAGGUUUCUUGUACAUCUUCAAAUCGAAGAUGUCCACAAUGUAAUAGAAAAGCUGCUGUAAAAGACAUUAGAAUGUUAUAUGCUAAAAAAUUGGUAUGCAUUGAUACCUCCGAAUUAGAAAUAAUGAAAAAUCAAUUAUCAACUGUCACAGCAGAAAAAAAUCGUAUCGAAAUAGAAUUAUCGAAAAGCAAUCUUCGACAAAAGUUAUAUGAACAACAAUUGACUACUAUGAAAAAUCGUAUUGCUGAGCUACAAAAUCAACUCUCCACUACAAAAAGUGAUUUUAAUCGUUGUCAAAGUGUGUCAGCAAACACAAGUACAAAAUUUCAUCUUGAACAUUCUUUAGAGAUCUGUAAAGAAGAUGGAUGCCGUGUAUUAGAUUAUAAUCAUUGGUAUGGAUUAUUGGCUGUAUCACAAAAAUCAGGAAAUCCCUUAUUUACAGGAUAUGGUGUAAAAAAAAUAGAUGUCGAAAACUUUGUACCAAGACAAUUUCUUUUUCUUCAUUCUCAAGCUAUAAGAGACAUUAGUUUCCAUCCCUCACAACAAUCUAUACUUCUAAGUGUUGGCUUUGACAAAAGUGCUAAAUUAAUUGAUAUUCAAAACAACACUAUAAUGCAUUCAUAUACAACAGAUUUUACAUUAUGGAGUUGCUGCUGGUCAGGUGAUGAUUCUAAUAUCUUUUUUGCUGGUGCUCAAAAUGGAUCGAUAAUUCAAUUUGAUAUUAGACAAACAUCAAGUCCUGUUGGUCUUCUAGAAAGUCCUAAUGACAGAUCACCUGUUAUUUCUUUAGCAACAGUACCUGCAUAUGCAGAAUGUGGAAUUAGUAGAGGUGGAUUUAUAGCGUGCCGUUUAAACAGUUGUAACGCGUACGAGCUAAAAGAAUCUACAUAUAUACCAAAAGAAAUGAAUUUACAAGGUCCUUUUGUUUCUGUACGUUAUGAUAAAAAAAAUAAUCAUGCUCUUAUAUCUUGUCGACCUAACGAACGACUACCUCAAGCAAGGCAUAUUGUAUGUUCUAUUGAAAAAGGAAAUGAUGAAAUGGUUUUAUGCAAUAUUGUACAUACAUUUAAUGCUGGAAAUUCUCAACGACUUUUAUCACGUCCUUGUCAUAUAUCUGUAGAAAACGACACGCUAAUUGCAGUCCACCAAGAAUCUAUUAAUAGCAUUCCAUUUUGGAGUAUAUCAACUGGUAAUCAAGUUCACACACUUCCAGUAUCUGAUCCAAUCAUAGAUAUGUGUUCUUUCAAAAUUAAUGACAAUGUAUAUUUAGCAACUCUUUCUGCAAGAAAACUUAGAAUGUACAAACAUAACUCCUUGUGACAAUGAUAUUUUGCUAACUAUUAUUACUUAUUGAUCAGUUACCUUAUUCGUGAUCUAUUGGAAACAUAAUUUUUAAAUAUUACAUGUAAAUAUUUACUUUGAAUGUAAUAACUUAUGAAUCUACCAAGUAAAAUGAUUAAGGAACUAUAAAUAUAUAUUUUAAUACCUAUUUUAUACAAUAUUGUAUUCUACCUAUAAUAUUGUUUACAAAUUUUCUGCAGCAAAAGGAUUUUGCCCAAAUACAAUAAUAUAAAGACAAAAGAUAUAACAAACCAAUUAUUAGUAUUUUUUUCUAAAUUGAAUAGAUGUAAUGUGGAAGUAAGUCUUGUUAAAAAUUAAAAAUAAGAGAUCUACUUGAAUGAGGAUUCUUACUUUGGUUUAAUUGAAUUGACAUGCGUUUGAAAAGAGAACGAUAUUUGAUACAAUUGACUCAGUAUUACAUAAAGUUGAAAACUUCAAUUGUAUACUACAUAUUUAAUAUUUUUUCAUAUACAAUAUAAAAUUUGUUUGUUCUAUUUUUUUUUUUUUUUUUCUUUUUUUUAUCGAACUCGUAUAGUAAAAAGCAACAUUACCAAAUUCAAUAUGGAUUUUAUAAAUCAAUUUCUCGUGUAACAUAAAAAUUUGUUUAAAUAAAUUUUUUAACUAAAUAGUAUGAAAUUUUACAAUCUGUGUUUGCAAAAUAUUUUUCCAUACUGCAAAAUCUUGUAAUGCAUAUCCAAAUACAUUUUUAAUGUAAUGUAUAUUUUUGAGUAUGUUUUGAAUAACAUAAUUAACAGUAAUCAAUAAAUGCAGUUGUUAUCUGAGUCUGGAAUGUCAAUCACUAAAUUUGAAUAUAAAAUAAUAUUUCUAUGUGCAUAUGAGGUGAUGAAGAAUCAGGUCAUCGUCCAUAACCCAACACCAGAAAUGUACAAAAUGUAAAUAUUAACAAUAUGGUAUUUAAGUGUAUGAACGUUUUUAUAAAUACAAUCUAACAUUAUUAAAUUUUCAUCUAUUUCAGUAACAUACAUUCCGAAUCUAAUCACAUUACACUUCUGUAUGUUUUAAGAAAAGAAGUGUAGGGAAAUAAUAUUGAAGAUCAAAAAAAACAUGUUUUCUCUCUUGAUAUAUGUUCUUAUAUAAGAAGCAUCGUAUCAUAUAUUGACUUCUGUAACAUAAACCAAUAUAUACCAGGUACUGUUCUACAAGAAACUUCACUACAGUACCCAAAAGAAUUUCUUUAAAUUUACUUGUUUAUAAGAAAAGGGAAAAACAAAUAUACGUAAAGUAUAAGUAAUAUCCUGAUCCAUAAAAUUUAUAAACGGAAAAUAAAGAAAAGAAGACGUA